CCCGUCACGUUUCUUUUUCGCCUCCACUUGCUGUGUUCACACAGUUUUACGCGUGUGUCACUCCAGCCCCUCGCAGUAGUGGCAUGUCUGUCGCGCGUGUGUCGCACCUCGCAUGCAUCUCAAACCUGUCCGCGCGAGUCUUAGUCCAGACUCCAAAACACCAAAACACCAAAACUUUACGACUCAAACCAACGCCCGGAUCCCCCUGCCUCUUCCCCCACAGAGAUCACGCUCACUUGCCACAUGGAUCUCUCGGGUGCAAAUGUAUUUAGCGUCGUGCGCUCUGGCUCCGCGGAGGAAAAACACACCGUGCUCCAGGAGCUCAAAACCCACGUGAAGAAAGACAACGUGCUGUUGCCGUGGGUGGGCAAGUAUUUCGAGGCGCUCUCCAUCGCCACUGAUUCGCCCGAUACAUCUCUCCAGACAUUGGCGUUCAGCUUAUUGUGCCACCUCGUUAAGCGGGUGAGUAUCCAAGACUCCAGGGGCACGGUGCUCCUGGACCAGACCUUCUUGGUGCUUCCAUUGCUCAUCCCACGCAUUGCCGACUCCAGGUCCUCCGUCAAAGUGUCCGCACGACGGGCGCUCGAAGCCUACUGGCUCAGCUGCCCCAAACCUGUCGAGCUCGCGAUGGUGGAAAUCGGCCUAGCCAACCGCAGCCUGCUCCUCGUAAACGAAUGUGUGGCGUGGCUCAACUACAUCCUCACGAACGUGAGCCCGCAUUUCAAGCUCGACACCUUUCUAGACCCGUUGGCGCGCAUAUUAUGCGAGCACGCCUCGGACGAAAAGCUUGUUUCCAAUAUCAAGGUCUUGCUCGAGAACUAUUACGACUUGAAGCAGAACCGCAUACGAAAGUUCGAACUCCAGAAGGCUCUCGAGCGCAGCCGUGUCCCCUCUGUGCUUCGGUUCUCUAUCAUGGGAACCGACUCCAUCAUCUCGCGCACCUCAGAGCUGCUAUACCAUUCCAAGAGUACGCCCAGUCUACCGCAUUCCCAGAUGGCAAAGCCGACCGUCGCACGGCCCUCACAAAAUUCGCCUUCAAUUUGGGCCGACAAACCUUCGGUUAAUUCUGCAGGAUCUCGCUUCCCAGAAAGUCCACCGCCGAAUCAGCUGAUACAGUCAGCUCAGGCUCCCGGGGUCAGUUCGGAACCCGCGUUACGCGAUAUUCUCUGCAAGCUUCCAAACUAUGCCUACGAUGAAACCGUCGAGUCCUUUAAUGUAUCUAAUGCUGGCGAAAUUAGCCAGAUGGUUUCUGAAAUGUCUCAAUGCUUUGAGAACAAAGAGACCGAACGCAACUGGAGUACACGUGAAAAGAGUAUACUCAAAUUGCGUUCACUUUUGAGGGGUAACGCGGCCAAUGAAUAUCUCAGUGAUCUCAUUAUCUCCAUCAAGGAACUUAGUGAAGGUAUUUGCAAAUCUCUUUCGUCUUUGAGAACCACAUUAUCUGUGAACUCGUGUCAAUUUGUGAAGGAAAUGGCAUUUUUGUUCCGCAUCCACUUCGAGCCCCUAGUCGAUCUCUUCGUUCCAACGCUCAUAAAAUUAUGCUCCAACACAAAGCAUUUGACUAACAUCAACGCUCAUGUGGCAAUGUGCGGAAUUCUAACUCACUGCCCUCUCUCAGCCAAACUCGGCCAAAGGAUUUUACACGCAGCAUCAGAGAAAAGUGUGAACACCAAGGCAUUUGCUUCUUCAUGGCUACAAAUUUUCAUCGUCAGGACACACAACCUGUGGCGAGGCUCAGGUUCUGAAAUUGUAGAGAGAGUUCUACUCAAAUUGCUCCCGGAUCCAAACAUGCAAGUGCGCCUGGCAGCUAAAGAUGCCUUUUGGAAGUAUUGUGAAUAUGCCGAAGAACCAGCCGUUAAUCUACGCUCACAAUUGGACCCAAACAUAAAUAGAGCGUUGGAAAGGUCUCGUCCGAAGGGAAUAACUAUCUCUGCAGCUCCAGUGACGACAAACUCAAAAGUGAGACCAUCGUUGAAAGAGUCUAUCAUGGCAAAAAAAAGAGAGUUUAAAAACAAGACGAGCGAGUCGAGAUCGGUGUCCAAGUACGAAUUGACUGGCCCAAAUGGAUCAUUUACCGAAAGUUCGGUGUCAUCCAACUUCCCCCGCCGAAUGCUGAGGACUCCUUCUUUUAAAGACCACAUGAGAUCGCGGGAUCUGACUCCUACAAGUCAUAUUCAUGAAGCGAAAUCCAUCCAUGACCGUUUCCUGGACAAGGGUGCCGCAAAGAUCGAUAAUACGACACAAGGCAAAGUAUUGCCAGAGUCUCACUGGGAGCACAAGAUAGAUGAGUCAAUCACAAACAUUAGUGGGUCAAAGCAACAAGUUACUACUGCCUUCCAGUCAAAUGCUAGAGAAGCAAAAAGUAUGCAACAGCCAAAAAGUUACAUUUUUGGGGCCGGAGACCCUAUGUUCAAAUUCCUAGCUUCCACUGAUGAGCAAUUAUUACAAGAGGGCAUUAGUUUGCUCCGAUCAGCACUAUUGAAAGGGGAGGAAAUUUCAGAGAGCUUGACCCCUUUACUUAAAAAGCUCUCGAUCAACAACCCAUCCGUACUUGCGCCUUUGUUUGAUAAUAAAGAAGGCAUGUUGCGAAGAGUGUUCAAGCUUCUCACAAAAGAAGACUUUCUCAGACUGGCAUGUGUCUUGGUGACACCAACUCAAGAAAACUUAGACAUGGUGAUCUCUUUAUUCACAGCUGAUGAACUAUACCUGUCCUUGGAGACUUUGCUUCUGUUUGUUCUUGAACCAACCGAUGUUGCCGACGAUGGCCUCUUGAUCAUGCAAUUGAUUAAGUUCAAGGUUAAGAUUCUAAUCAUGGUUUUGCGUUUGCUCUCACGUGCAGCAACAAGUUUGCCCAUGACAGAUGUGAUGUUAACUAAGUUAGCCAAUACCUUAUUUGAGUUGCUACCCGUGAUUCAUCAGACGAACAUGAUGGCAGAGUUUAAAGAACCUCUUUCUAAGCUCUAUGCCAUCAAUUCCACAUUGUUUGCCUCGCACCUAUCGCUGGUCAAGGAUUCAAGCAGACGAGAGCUUGAGCUUUUGGUCGGAAUUGACGACCUGUUGAGUUUUAAAAGCACCGACCCGACUAUGUUCAACAUGACAGACUUUACCCGAAUCUCUCCCAACAAAAACCUUGAACAAUUGUCCCCUUUAAAGUUUCCAUCUGACUUUACCAUGCUUCUCCCCAACACUAAGGUCAAGGCAGAACCCGACACACAUCCGGAGGAAAGUCAAAUUAGCUCACAGGGUUCACACAAGGUCAGCAUCACUGAUGUAUCUGCAGAGCAACGUAUAUGCCUCGAAGAUCCUCCUCAGAUGCAACUUGUACCGGAAGAAGACAUUUUGAUGGAAGACUUUGAUGAGAAUCACAGUGAAAACAACCCCGAUGAUGAGUCUAUGAGUGACUGCAAUAUUCGGGAUCCGUCUGAGGAGAAGACGCCACAAACAGAUGGUGCAGUCGAAGUUAAGCUUGAAACCGCUGACUUCAAUGUCCUUAAGAAGUCAUCUCCGCACACUUCCCUAAGUGGUGCUGCUGUAAAAGAUCUGAAUGAGUUGGUCAAAGACUUUGCAUCAGUAAAACUCACGAGUCAAGCCAACACUAUCGAAACAUUCAUCGAGAAAGUCGAUCCACUCAACAAAUUAUCUAGCCGGAAUCGGCCCAUAGCGAUUUACGACGAUUCCAAGGCCGGGUCACCGCAGAAAGUGAAAGAAUAUGAUUUCACGGAGCUCAACUGGUUUAAUUUCUUGAUGGCGAAGAUGUCUCUUGACUAUGGAUUAGAUGACCUCGAGAGAUACUACAAAAACGACUUCAGGUCCUUGUGUCAAAAAUUGUCAGAUGGCUCGGCAAAUGAGAAUUGUAUCUCGACCUUGAUCAAAUACUUGCGGGUUCCUGAUCCCGAAUCUCUUGCGUCCUUUUUGCAAGAUGAAGGAUACGACCUAGUUGAGAAUGCUGCAAUAGACUACCUAAGUCUUGAUGAUUCAAACUUGUUUGAAGGACUCAUGGUGAUCAAACAAUUGUUGGUGAGCAGACACGCCGUCAAUGUUGUGCGAGUUUGGAACUUGCUCCUAGACUUGAGCGGAAUGAAGCCCGAUGAGCCCCUUCGUGCUCUCGAGCUUGCUGUUGGAGAAACAUUCGAUGAGAUGCUUUGCGGGAUGUACGCAAGCAAGGAGCUAAUCCAGAUUGUGACACAUACUUUGAAAACGAACGUCGACCUUGCUGGAGGGGCUUUGAGAUUCGCCCUCGAAUCGUUGCACAAAUUGGUCCACAUGGAGACGCUUGUGUUGGAUGUGAAUGCUGAUAUUGUCAUGAGCAUCGAUGGAGCAGUCCGCAGGCUUGUCUCCCACGACAGAGCAGAGAUCCGAAAGCUAGUCAUUGAAACCUACGGACGGAUCCACCGGGCCGCCAAGAUCAGCCAAGGUUCAGGAAGCCAGGACACGCUUCCGCACGAGAUAUCGAGCGAGGAGGCAGUACAGAAGAUCAUGUUGGCUUUGACGACGCCACAACAGCGCAUCAUAGAAUACUUUAGCCAGGAAAAGUAG